AUGAAUAAAACUAAUGAAUUAAAUCAUUAUUUCAGAAUAAAUAGUGAAUUUAUUAACAAAAAUGAAAAUGACAAUUUUUACGUCUGGACAUACAAAAGCCCAAAUGUUGACCUUUAUCCAGAUAUUAUAUUCUUUAAAUGUCUAGUUAUUAGUAUUGAUGGAGAUAACUAUAAGCUGAAAGAAAUUUCUCCCGAAACAAAUAGUAUCUAUGUAGUAAAAAAGGAACAUAUAUUUAACUGUAAUAAUAUGGUAAAUGUAAACAGUCAUAGACUAAAUGAUAUGAUUCACCAAAAUUCUGCCGAGGUUUUAAAUACUUUAGCUUUAAGAUAUGAACAAAAUUAUAUAUAUACUAUAGCUGAACCAAUGCUAAUAUCAAUAAAUCCUUAUCAGGUUAUUGAUGUUAAUAUAGAUGAUUAUAAAAAUAUGAAUAAUGAUCAGCUUCCACCUCAUGUAUAUACAUAUGCAAAAGAUGCAUUGUAUGAUUUUAUAAAUACCAAAAACAAUCAAUCAAUUAUUAUAAGUGGAGAAAGUGGGUCCGGUAAAACGGAAGCCUCAAAACUUGUUAUCAAAUAUUAUUUGUCAGGAAUUAAAGAAGAUAAUAACAUAUCAAAAACACUGUGGGAUUCCAAUUUUAUAUUAGAAGCUUUUGGCAAUGCAAAAACCAUAAAAAAUAACAAUUCAAGUAGAUAUGGAAAAUAUAUUAAAAUACAAUUAGAUGAUAAUCAAAAUAUUGUUUCAUCAUGCAUUGAAAUAUUUUUAUUGGAAAAAAUAAGAGUUGUUUCUCAAGAAGAAGAUGAAAGAUGCUACCAUAUUUUUUAUGAAAUUCUAAAAGGAAUGGAUGAUGAUAUGAAAAGAAAAUAUAAUUUUAAAAUGGAAAAUGAAUAUAAAUAUCUUACAAAUGGAUACCUAAGUAUUCCAGAAAUAGAUGAUGCUAAGGAUUUUCAUAAUCUAAUGGUUUCUUUUGAUAAAAUAAACAUGAGAAACUUAAAAGAUGACCUUUUUUUUAUUUUAUCAGGAAUACUAUUAUUAGGAAACAUAGAAUUUAAUGAGAUAGAGAAAGGAGGAAAAACAAAUUGCAGUGAAUUAAAUGAUGAAAAUUUAAAAAUUGUUAAUGAGGUAAGCACUUUAUUAGGCAUUGAUGAAACUAUUUUAAGAAAUAAUCUAAUAUCUACUGAAAAAAAUAUAGCUAAUCAAAAGAUAGAAAUACCUUUGACAGUUGAUGAAUCAUUAUCAAUUUGUAGAUCAAUAUCAAAGGAUAUAUAUAACAGAAUUUUUGAAUAUAUAACUAAAAAAAUAAAUGAAUUUUUAAACAAAAAUAAUGAAUUAGAUAAUUAUAUAGGUAUACUGGAUAUAUUUGGCUUUGAAAUUUUCCUAAAAAAUUCGUUGGAACAAUUGUUAAUCAAUAUUGCAAAUGAAGAAAUACAUAAUAUAUAUUUAUUUGUAGUUUAUGAAAAGGAAUCAAAUUUAUAUAAAAAUGAAGGGAUCCUAUCAGAAUCUAUAAAAUAUACUACCAAUGAUCAUGUUAUUGAUUUAUUACGAGGAAAAACAUCAAUUAUGUCUAUUUUGGAAGAUGCUUGUUUAGCUCCUGGAAAGAAAGAUGAAUCAUUAGUUAGUGUAUAUACAAAUAGAUUUUCAAAAUCACCACAUUAUUUGAUAUGUAAAAAGGAUAUAAAUGGUAGUUUUAUAAUUAAACAUACUGUUAGUGAUGUUAUAUAUAAUGUAACUAAUUUUAUUUCAAAAAAUAAAGAUAUUCUAUCACCUAAUAUUCUGAGGAUGUUAAAGGGAUCAAAAAACAAUUUAUUGCAAAAUAUGUAUGAUGAAGUGGAGAUAACAGAAUCAUUAGGACGUAAAAAUUUAGUUUCAUUUAAGUAUUUAGAAAAUCUUAAAAAAAUAUGUUCUUACCUAAAAAAUACCAAUAUAUUUUUUAUAAAAUGUAUUAAACCAAAUGAAAAUAAACAAAAACAUAAUUUUAAUCAAAAGAAAGUUUUUCCUCAACUAUUUUCAUUAUCUAUCAUUGAAACAUUAAAUAUAAAAUUUUUUUUUCAAUAUAAGUAUACCUUUUCAUCAUUUUUAAGUUACUUUAAAUACUUGGAUAUAGUUAUUUUAAAUGACAGUAAUUUAGACGAUAAAACAAAAGUUACAAAAAUCUUGGAAAAUAAUGUAGAUAAUAACUCAUAUAAGAUAGGAAAAACCCUUGUUUUCUUAAAAAAGGAUGCUAUAUAUAAAAUUAAAGAAAAAAUUAAUGAUAAUCUAAAAAGUUAUAAAAAUUUAUGUAAUAUUAUGAGUGCAUUUAUUACAAAAACUAAAAAAAAAAGAGUAGUAGAAUCAAACAUAAAAAAUUUACAGUUGGCUCAAGCUUACUUCAGGAAACAUAAAUAUGUGAAAGAACUUAAAUAA